AUGGCUCAACAGACGUCCUCUCUCGCCGGUCUGGCCGAAGAACCAACAACAAAACACAAACCAGGCUCGCUACCGGCAGCCAAAAGGCGCCUUUCCCAAGAUCCCAGUCCUUUCAGCGAAGACUUGCUUGCGCACUCGCGUUCGCUGAGUAGGAGCUGGCAAAGGAUGAUCGAGGGUGCGAAUGCUAGUCGGUUUGUUGUUGGCCACGACCAGGAAGCCAGCACUGGAAAGGAGUGCCGUAGUGCUUUGGAUACCACAGAGCCUCGGUCGAUGACCUGA